GUUGCUGUAUUCACAGUAUAUCUAUAUAUGUAUAUCUAUAGAUACAUCGUCCAUAUCCAUAUCAAACAUCAAUCGAAGGUGCCAUGGCUGGGAAGCUCAUCAUAAGCAACAAUCUACGCACUCUGACUCCUCCUUCACUCUGCUUCUCCCUCUCCACCUUCAGGAGGAGAUUGCAUGAAUCGGCGUACGAGAAGGAAGUAGAAGAUGAGGUGGAGUGUGAGGUCUCUGCUGUAGGAGAGAUCACAGAUAAACCAGAAGAAUAUUGGGAGCCUGAUCCGGAGACUGGGGUAUUCGUCCCGGCCGGUGAACAGAAGUCGGAGGAGCCGGCGGUGACAUGCACGACGGAAGAAACGGUGUUGGAUGAGAAGGUGUUUUUCCGUCCACAGGAGGAUUUGGAGCUGCCUCCGUCGGAAUCUUUCACCGGAGAGAUUCCUCCUGUUGAUCCUUUCGCUGAAUAAUUAACUUCCAUUUCCAUAGUCGCACAGAAUGUUUAGAAAUAAGAGUGUUGGAGGUUGUUUUGUUUGAACUGUUCCGCUUGAGUCUCAAUUUUUUUUUUGUUCGAACUUCCAGAAACACCAUGAAUAACCAUAAAUAGAUGUUUUUCUUAA